AUGGGUUUCAAUUUCACAUUCCUCUGCGACUUGCUGCAGAGGCUGGAGGACGACCGGACCACAAAAACAGCGUGGGGAACAGACAUUCCUGACUUCCGGACAAUUCGACAGUGGUUUAAGAAACAUGAUGGUCACAUUAAUCAUGAUGGCACGGACAGGCUAGCCUUACUGUCAUGCAUGUUUCCAGAAAAACGGACCGAUCGUGUGUUUUGGUUACAAGAAACCACCUUGGCCAGGGUCAUCGGUCGCUGCUUGGGUUUAGGAUCCUCACGACUGUCAGAAUUAGACCAAUGGCGAAAGCCAGGGGGUCCAGAUCUUGGGAGAUGUGUUGAGACUGUGAUGGGUCAAGCAGAGAAUCAUGUACCCCAAGGUCGAGAAGUCACCACUAAGGAGAUUGACCUGGCCCUGGGGAUGAUCGCAUCACGGUGUCGGUUCUCUGGGCCCGAUGUACGCCGACAGCAGACCGCUGUCGGCGUCCAGAGUGUUCUCACUCCUUUAUACCGCCGCUUGAGUAGCCGUGAUGCUAAGUGGCUCACUCGUAUGAUUCUGAAGAGCUACGCCCCAGUCAUAAUCCCGCCCAAGCAUGCCUUGGAACAAUUCCAUUUUUUGCUCCCGCAUCUCCUCCAAUUUCAAAACACUUUUGAAGGAGCCUUACGAAUGCUAGACCAACAGCCCAUGAAAUAUUUCCCACCUCACCCGAAUCCAAAAAUGGCUGCUAGCCUAUGUGCAAUGGCUCUGGAGUAUCUUCAACCGCAGAUGGGUAUCAAGAUUGGACGGCCUGAAUACUUCAAGGCUCGCGGUAUCAAACAUUGCCUUAGUAUGACCAACAUGCGUCGAAUGAGUGUUGAACGGAAAUACGAUGGAGAGUAUUGUCAGAUACAUGUGGAUCUUACAAACCAACGCACGCCAUUUCGUAUCUUCUCCAAGAGUGGAAAAGAGUCAACGGAAGACCGGUCCGGUAUUUUCCCCAGUUUAGAGAAGUCGCUGCGGAUUGGAUCAAAAGAUUGCAAGUUUUCGCAUCGCUGCAUCCUCGAGGGCGAGCUAGUUGUAUGGAGUGACGUGCGUGGGGAGAUUGUAGGUUUUCACAAACUUCGAAAGUUUCUUUCUCGCUCUGGGAUCAUGAUUGGCAUUGAUAACGACUCGCCGUAUGUUUUAACCUCUUACUAUAUGGGUGAAUAUUUACUAAAAACUAGCAGACCCCAACCCUAUGAACAUUUGAUGAUCAUCUUCUUUGACAUACUGGUCUUAGAUGAUGAUAUCUGCUUGAGGAAGCCUCAUCGGCAAAGAAGACUGCUACUAAAGGAUGUGGUGAGCCCUAUUGACGGUCGAGCCGACCUCGCUCACCAGGAAGUACUUGAUUUUGCUCAUCUCGAAAGUCGAGAGCGACUUGAAGUAAGUUUUGCACGAGCCAUUUCCCAACGUUGGGAAGGUUACGUGCUUAAAGCUUCUGAUGAUCCAUAUUUUCCUAUAUACGCUGCUGGUACAAACGCCUCGUUCGGACGAUGGAUCAAGUUGAAGAAAGAUUAUAUCCAGGGUCUUGGGGAUACACUUGACAUUGCAUUGGUUGGGGCCUACUAUGAGGUCAGAGACGCCGCCGCUCUCUCGUCAGUGAAAGGACUCAAAUGGACGCAUUUUUUGGUCGGCUGUCUGCAGAAUAAGGAAGCUGUUCUGGAACUUGGUGAAACUCCCCAUUUCCAAAUAAUUGACGCUCUUCAUCGGCAUUCCAUGCAUAAAGACAACAUGCAAGCUCUGAAUCAACAUGGCGAGUUUUCUGCAUGUGAUCCAGACGAAUGUCCUGCAUUUUCAGUUGAAUACGGGUAUAGGGAACUAUCCAGGGCUUGCGUACUUUUCAAAAAGCCCUUUGUCGUGGAACUGAAUGGCAGUGGGUUUGAUAAGCCAUCCGGUGCUAGGUACUACGCCCUUCGUCACCCGCGCAUUCUGAAGAUUCACACAGAUCGAACGUUUGAGGAUGCCGCAUCCUUCCAGGAGUUACAGCUUCUAGCUGAAGCUGCCCGCUCUGUACCAACAGAGGAGCUGGCUGAUGAGAUAGGGCAUUGGCGCAAGCGAUUAAAGGUUAGCAACGGACUCAAUCAGUACAUCGUUCCAAGAUCGCGCAGUCUAUCGUCAACAUGCAGCUCAGACUCCGAAUCUGAAGGGGAUUCAAAAUCAAAGACCUCCCACGCCACGUCAUACGACAGCGAAAAGGAGCAAAUCUCAGAACCGAGAACACAUCAAAGCCAAAGUCAGGAUUUGGAGAAGCCUACUCGCAUUCAGAGAGAAGAUAAUACGUCAGGAACUCCUGUUAUAUACCUUGACGACACGGAUUCAAGCUCGUCUUCAAGCAGCCCUCGCCUCAACGAGAACAUCUUGAUUGAAAAUGAGAAUCUAUCAUCGCGACAACAUACCAGCCAAACAAAACAUGGCAACACGCACGAGACAGGAGAUGAUAAGAACCCUCUUGAAAACUACGAGUCGCCGGUGAAGACGGAGAUCCCAUUCUCAAGUCCGCAAGGUGUUUGGCACAUCUCCCCGGUCAGCGAAAAAAGCACCCAACCUGGAAAAUAUUAUGUUCAAGCACCCGACAAUUCCGGAUCGAUGUCGCAGGAGAGUGCCCUACAAUCACCAUUAAUGACAAUUCCAGUAUACAUGUCUGGGCCCUCGUACAUGCAUCAUGAAACUGAUACGUCGGGUCAUGCUGGACUUCAUGAGUUCAUACAGGCACUCAACUCCCAAUCUUCAAUUGAUUCUCUUGAAAAGUCAAACCCUAAGGCUGUCUGCCAAGGCAUGGCUUUUGGAAUCGUCCUGGUCAACCCAAGUGAACACCCACUCGGCAAAGAAAUCCACCUCGCAGCAAAUGCUAUAUCUGAAAUAUUUCGGUGCAAAAGAUCUUGCCUUCCCACCCGGUGCAAGAUUUUCUUCUUGGACUCGGCUAUUUUGCAACAGGAUAUUAAACCUGAAGAUCCUAUAUUUUGCGUACAAGAAACUUGGUCAGAGCUUGGUCAUCAGUACUACUACGCCUGUCUUCAGUGGGGCUUGGAUGAAAACUCCAAAGGUGGCACUAUGGUAGAUACAUCUGGUUCUUUCAUGAUCGAGAAUCACUGUGACAACCCAAACAGUCAUACUUCGCUUGCACUUUCGGUGACUUUUGACGAGAGUGAGAUCCUAGCACUAGGCGAGACCACCACCAAAAAACCAGCAAUCCAAUAG